GAUAUGAGUUUGGAAGAGAUUUGGAGAAGAUUAGGAUCCCUUAUUGAUUCAGAGACGAUUACUCAACUAAAAAGUGUUGUGUGGAAAGAGCGGCUUGAAGGUGAUGAUAUUUGGAUAUAUGUCAGGAAGCUCCGAGGUCUGAUCCAGCUGAACAAAGUGGGGACAUAUCAAGACCCAUGGGCAUCCCAACAUUCAAUCAUUACUCAAACUUUUAUGGAGAACUAUGGCGUUUCUGAAAUCCACACAGAUAGACUACCAAUGCCGCAGACUUAGUCUGGUAUUGGGCUCACAGACUGGAAUGAAGCUUUAAAAAUCAUAGAAUAUGGUUCUCCUGAACAGGGUAGGGGGUAAUGAUGAGGAAUAUUUUUCAAUGGAAUGCUUUUCGGAAGAUUAGGCUGUUGAAGGGAUGAAAGGUGUGCUAUGAAUUGCAAAUGCUGAUCCCAAGAGAUGUUUUGGUGCUGCAUCUAGAAAUCUAAAUUUUUUACAUAACUUCUUUGUUGUUACCGACUACUUGGACUACUGAACUUAACGUAAGAAUGGUCUGUUGAGAAGGUCCUGCAACAAGUU